AUGGAGAAAGAGCAGGAGAAGCAGAAGCAGACUGCUGCUGCUGCUGCUAUUGCUGCUACAGCUGCUGGAGACGCCGGUCCGGUUAGAGUGCUGCGGGGUCAGCGGCGAGGGCUGUUCGGGCGCUUCGCCCUAAUCCCUGAAGUCACCGAUCCACGCAGUUACGGCAACAGUACCAAAUGGUUAAUGACGGUCAUUGUUAGUUUCGCUGCCAUCACCUCGUCGACUGGUUCCUCAAUUUUCUACCCCGCCCUGGCGGAAGUGGCGGUGGAUCUCCACACCACCGCGACUGUUGCAAACUUGUCUCUGGCUUUCUACAUGCUAGCCAUGGCGUUCACGCCAAUGUGGUGGUCAGCCCUCUCCGAGAAACACGGGCGACGGACCAUCUACAUCCUGUCCUUCACCCUCUUCCUGGUCUUCUCAUGCAUCAGCGCGGUCAGCGUUAACAUCGUUAUGUUGAUCGUCUUCCGGAUCCUCAGCGGCGGGGCGGCUGCCUCCGUGCAAUCAGUUGGGGCGGGAACGGUGGCAGACAUCUGGGAUCCCAAAGUGCGCGGCAAAGCCAUGGGCAUUUUCUACUUGGGGCCCCUAUGUGGACCGGGGUUGGCCCCGGUGAUCGGAGGCGCAUUAACGCAGGGCUUCCACUGGCGCAGCACACUCUGGUUCCUGACCAUCUUCGGCGGGGUCAUGUGGAUUCUCAUCUUUCUGUGCUUACCGGAAACCGUCGCGCGACGCCCAGCUCGCCCCGACAAUUCCCCCGAGGGCAGCAGCCCCAACCCGCUCAUCCUACUCGUCAAACGCAUCUUCGGUCCUCUCCGUAUCCUCGCCCUCCUCCGCCACCCCCCGAUCAUCGUGGCGGUGUGGUCCGGCUCCAUCGCCUUCUGCACGAUGUUUGUGCUGAAUGUCGCCAUCCAAGCCACCUUUGACAAGGCCCCCUACAACUUCAGCAUCGUGGAGGUCGGCCUCGUCUACCUGGCGCCGACCAUCGGCUACGGAUUCUCCUCCAUCCUGGGAGGGCGCUGGAUCGACCGGAUCAUGGCGCGGGAAGCACGCAAAGCCAACCGAGUCGACGCGGAUGGGAAACUGACGUAUCUGCCGGAGGACCGGAUGAAGGAGAACAUCUGGCUGGCAAGCACCAUCUACCCGGCGGCAUUCAUCUGGUUCGGGUGGUCGCUGGACAAAGGGCUGCAUUGGGCGGUGGUCUGCGUGGCGUGUAUCGUGUUUGGACUGGCGAUGAUGCUGGUCAUGGGGACGGUGACCACUGUGCUCACCGAAUUCACCCCGCAGCGGUCGAGUAGCGGAGUGGCGUUGGGCAACUUCGUGCGCAACGUGCUUUCAUGUACUGGAGCGGUGGUCACGCAGCCCAUGAUCAAUGCCCUGGGGGUCGGGUGGUCCUGUACUCUCAUCGGGUUGGUGGCGUUCGUGACGGGGAACGCGGCCAUCUUCGCGCUGAAGACCUGGGGUCCCCGGUGGAGGGUGCUCAUGGAUCAGAAGUUGAAUCAGAAGACUUAA